CCUCUGAACAAAGUUGGCCCACCCCGUCUGGACAUUGAGGGUUCAACACUCAUCAUAGCUCACAGUAAUACACUACAACUCAGAUGUCAAGGUGGUUUCAGACUGGAUUGGAUAUAUCCAUAUGGAAUAGAAAGAACAAGAAUAUCAAUAGAACAGGAUCAUUGUUCAGGAUGUAAUCCUAAGAGACACACAAGUGUGCUCACCAUACAAAGUACAGAUGUUAUUGACACUGGAAGAUAUCGGUGCUUAUACAAGAGAUAUGAUAACAAAAUUAAUAAUGAAACAUCAGCAAAAGUUUAUGUUUAUAUUAGCUCAUCAGAGCACUUAUUUGUGCCACCAGAAUGGACACAUAACAAUAUUUACCGUGGGCAACCAUUCCUGUUGCCAUGUCGGACAACUAGCCCCAACCUCAAUGUAACAUUGGUGCAACGUGACACCGGAAGGAAUAUUACGGAUCACCUUUACCAUAGAUACGACCCCAGGAAGGGCUUUCAUAUCUCGGCUAACCAUCAUGAAUUGGAUGGACAUGUUUGUUGUAUGACCAGCAAUGAAGGACGCACUGACAGAUCGUGUUUCAAUCUAAACUUCCAAGAGCAAGCACCAGUCCUGAAGCCCCAAGUAUCUAUCAGCACCGCAGAGGUUCUUGAGGGAUGGGAAGGGUUCAGCGUAAGCUGUGAGGUCUCGGCACCUGCUGAUAGUCUACUAGAAGACCUGUCUUGGGAUUACCCCGCUGAGAUGAUCGCAGAACGUGAAGAAAGCAACUACCGGAUAGUGACCGAUGGAAGCACAGAAUCAGUAAGAGGUUCUAGCAUGGCAAUGCAGAGAUAUGUUAGUACUCUUCAUGUAGUACGUGCUCACAGUCAUGAUAAUGGAACAUAUGUUUGUAUUGCUACAAACUUCUGGGAUAGCUACUUUGCUGAAGCAUCAAUAAAUGUUAUAGGGGUUUCCAAUUUGAAGAGGCUUGGUCCUCCAAGGAUAGGGCGUAACACCACAGAGCGAUUCCUGCGAGAGGAUACAACUUUAGAAAUCAGUUGUACAGGUGGAUUAGCUCUUGAAUGGAUUUAUCCGGAAGCCGUAAGGUCAAGGGUCACAUCCGUCUCCCAGGCUUGUCCAACAUGUGACAGGAAUGCUCAUUUCACAAGCACACUUACCGUUCCAAGAACCAGACCACAGGACAGUGGUCAGUUCCAUUGUAUCUACAGCCGGUAUGUUGAUCAUGUCAACAAUGCUACAGCAGCGGAUAUUAAUAUCUUUGUAGCAGCAGAAAAUGCUCAGUUACAUCAAGAAGGCCCUCCCGUCAUCCACGUCAAUGACUCCCACAUCAUCCAAAAUGAGUAUCAGAACCUUGAACUCCGCUGCACUGGUUCCUCAACACUAGAAUGGUCCUGGCCUAAGGAUGCAACUGAGCGUGUAGAACCAAGAUCUAUUGCAUGUCCAACAUGUCCUCUUGCACUGCGUUCUACAAGCACGUUGAAAGUAUCAAAUGUCAGCUAUACUGAUACUGGUUACUAUAAAUGCUUCUACUCACGCUUCUCAGAUAGACUUACUUCAGAGACCAGCACAGAUGUCUAUGCAUAUGUGACAUCUGAUGUUGACAAUUCCAAGCUGUUUACAGUUACACAUUGGUUAGGGACUGACGUCAUCAUCGGUUCAUCCUACAUCAUCCCUUGCUCUGUGACUGACCCACGUAUCAAUGUCACCCUGGAGUAUGCUAAUAAGGUCUUAUCAGGAGAAGGUUCUGUUAUCACCUACGACCCUAAGGUUGGAUUCAAAGUCCCUGGUAAUUACACAGAGCUCAGCGGCUAUGUCAAAUGCAGUGCCAGAAAGGGAAACCUUAGUCAAAUGAAGAUCAUCUUUCUUAAUUUUGAACCCAAGGCACCGCCCCCAUCACCACAGAUCUUUGGUCCGAUUGAACAGGUCAAAGGUUAUACUUUUAAUGUAACCUGCAAAGUAGAAUCACCACUUGGAAUUCAGAUUAGAUGGAAAUGGGACUAUCCAGGUCUUCAUCAUCCUAGUGCAGAUCCCAGCAACUAUCGUACUGAGAAGCAUUCAGAAGAACGUCAGGCAGUGGUCGGUGAAUCUACCCGUGCUUUCAGGAGAUUUAGUGGAACACUCACUGUUUUCCAAGCCAGUCCUAUAGACAAUGGGAUAUACACCUGUACAGUUAUUAACAACAAUGGAAAUGGUAGCAUAUCCCAUGCUGUCAGCAUAUUAGAUCAAGGCUACAUCCACAUGGAACCUUUAAAAGGAGAUAAUCUACGUCUGAUGAGUGGAGGGGAACUUGCUAAAGAUCGUGAGAAGAUCAUGGUGCAUCUGAAGUACUUUCCGAAUGCUGACUUCACCUGGUUCAAAGAUGGCAUAGAGGUAGAUGCUCUUGAUCCACAUCUGUUCAGGAGUCGCAUCAACCAUGAUGUAGCUCAGGUUAGGUUACUCAACAUCAGUCCUCAACAUACAGGGAAUUACACCUUGAUAGGUGAUAAUGGAGAAGUUCAGGAGAGUGUCACUAUCAGGGUCAUUGUUUAUGAUGGUGAUCAAGGCUUGACCAUUGAAGAGGAGACGAGUGUCAUUGAAGAAAAGGGAAAUCUUACAAUUCAUUGUAGGAGUAGCUCACAUAUCUUUGACAACAUCAAGUGGUUCGUUCGUAGAAGUCGCGGAUCCACCAAUGAGAGUCGAUUACUGCGACCAAGAGAGGAACGUGUGACCAUCUCCUCAUACUCCAGUGAUGAAUUCAAUGUUUCUCAGCUUCACAUCCAAGACAUGGGACGUUCUGAUGAUGGUAUCUACAUCUGCUCAGCUCAGAGUGUCUUAAACAGCAGAGAUACUAAAGAAGUUUUCACUGCAGUACAAGUCAAACCAAUCAAAGCCCCCGAGCUGGAGGUAGGUCUGAAUAAAAGGGAGAUUAACAAAAACCAGAAGGAUUUCAUACUAGAGUGUGAAGCAUCAGGAUUUCCUACGCCGGCAUUCACAUGGUUUAAAGAUGGUAGUAAACUAGAGAUGCAAGUCAGUACUAUCGCCCUACCUAAUGGCAAUGCUCUGUCUACACUAAGAAGGACUCGGAUUAACAUGGUAGAUAGUGGGGUCUACCAAUGUGUGGCAACUAAUGGAGGAGGACAGGUCAACAGUUCAGCUGUCAUCAUUAUACUUGAGGAACCAUUCAUGAAAGUGAAAGAGGAUGUGAAAUUGGUUGUGAUGGGAGGAACAACCAAUCUUACAUGUCAUGAUGGUGGAAACCCAAAGCCUAUCAUUGUUUGGUAUCACCAGCCUGUAGACCAAACGAGUGAUAUGCGAAUGCUACCAUCACAGAUGUAUAACAACACUGAGGGCGUCCUGGUGCUUCAUGAUGUGCAGAAAGAUAAGGAAGGCUCUUACAUCUGUAAUGCUACUAAUAGACUCGGUAGCAGCAGUAGAACUGUCAGCAUCAAGCUAGAUAUGCCCCAUGAGCCCCUUACUAUUACCAAACGUGAUGAUGUCAAGAGGAAUACUACUAUCGGAGUUGUCUUUGUGCUUAUGAUCAUCGUUGUUGCCCUUAUCAUUGUCAUCUUCAAGAUUAAAAAGCUAAGACCAAAGUACAUCGCUGGAGGUGAUGAUAUGUUGCUACCUAUCUCAUUUGGUCAGUACAACGAUCUCUUAGACAUAUGUGAACAUCUUCCUUAUGACUCCAAAUGGGAGUUUCCUCGUGAGAGACUCAAAAUAGGUCCAGUGAUUGGUCGAGGAGCCUUUGGUCGUGUGAUGAGAGCUUCAGCGUUCGGCAUUGACAAGCUGGAUACAUGUACCACAGUGGCUGUCAAAAUGUUAAAAGAGGAUGCUUCUGAUAGUGAGAGGAAAGCCUUGUUAACUGAAUUGAAAAUGCUGAUUCACAUUGGACCACAUCUUAACAUCGUUAACUUACUUGGAGCAUGCACAAAGAAAGAACUGUUCAUCAUCUCUGAGUUCUGCCCGUUUGGUAAUCUCUCAGAUUACCUGAAGACCAAGCGUAAGAACUAUGUGGCUGAGCCAGACCUUCUUGCUAUUGCUCCAAUGGGGCCAGUUGAUAGGAGCUCCAGAGGGAGCAGCCGAGGUGGAGAUGGUUUCAUGGGAGCUAGAGGUGGAUCCAGCUUAGAGGUUGGAGAUGAUGAUGUGUUUGAAUACAUGGAGAAGGAGCAGCCCUUGACCCUGAAGGAUCUCAUUUGUUAUUCAUUCCAGGUUGCUAGGGGAAUGGAGUUCUUAGCAUCAAAGAAGUGCAUUCACCGUGACUUAGCAGCAAGAAAUGUUCUCCUAGCAGAAAAUAAUAUUGUCAAAAUCUGUGAUUUUGGUCUAGCCCGAGACAUCUACUCGGAUCCUGACUAUGUCACACAAACAGGGGGAAGACUUCCCAUCAAGUGGAUGGCUCCAGAAUCUAUCUUUGACAAAGUCUUCACAAUCUACAGUGAUGUAUGGUCUUUUGGAGUAUUCAUGUGGGAGUGUUUUGCCCUUGGUGGAUCACCAUACCCUGGUGUGGUGGUAGAUGAAGAGUUCUAUAAUCGUCUCAAGAGUGGUUACAGAAUGUACACACCCGAUUAUGCACCUAUUGAAAUUUAUCAUAUCAUGUUGGAUUGCUGGCACACAGAACCUAAGGAAAGACCUCACUUCAGUGAGUUGGUUCACAAGCUUGGAGACCAAUUAGCAGCUAAUGUCAAGCAGGAGUAUCUUGAUCUUGAUGUGGCGUAUGAUGAACAGGUAGCAUCAAGACCGAUAUCAUUCUACAAUGAGGAUGAUGAGGGAGCAGCGUCAUCUAAUGAUGGUCAGGUGACCUUGGGUGAAGAUGCCCUUCAGGUUGAAGCAGAUAUCUCAUUACCAAGUACUUCAGGUUAUCAGCCAAACCAUCCAAGUACAUCAUCUACCUUCCAGCUUGAGGAUGAGAGACCAGUCUGUGCAAACUUAGAGGGAAGAACAGUAUCAUCAAUCCAUGCUAGCCUAACGGACAUCUCAUCAUCGGAACCGUGCGAUGAAGAAGAUGACACAGGAGCAGAGUCCACAAAGUCCUCAACAACAUCAUCAAGGAUACCGUUGCACAGACCCAACAGCUUGUCGGCGCUUGAUGGCCUUCAACAGACCAAUCCUGUCUUCCACCAUCAUCAUCAUCACCACCAUCACCCAUCAAACCACCACCACCAUCAUCAUCAUAAUCGUGGCAAUAAUAGCACCAGUAAGAGUGAGGAAUCAGUGUCAUCAGACUCUUCUAGUGGGUUCAGGUCAGGUGGUUAUGGGUCUGACGUCAAUGAUGAACCACCUCCAGAAUACAGCAAAGUUAUGCAAGUCGCAUUACACAAAGAAACUUCACUGUUUUGGCCAAGAGGUUCAAGUGGACAAUGAUGAACUGGUUUAGAGUAAUGCAAAGAGAGACAAUCAGACCACUAUUAUGGAAUGUAUGGUUGUGUUAGACGAUCUGCUAUCAUGUGGAGACUUGCUUAUCACAAUGCAAAGCGUCACUUUUUAAGAAACAGUAUUGGAAAAUCAUUAUUGCAUAGGUUGGGAACAGUCCAUGAUCAAUUCUUCUGAACACAGUAAACAAAUGACAGGAUUACAAAUCCUUUAUAAGAGCAAUAAAGACUUAAAGAUUAUGAGAUGGUGCCUUUUGUCUGAUAUGAGAUGAAUUUAUUAUUGUAUAUUGGUGUAUCAUCUAUUAUCCUAUGUAUUGAUAUGUACAAAAUGUGAAUUAAUACUGUAUCUAUUUGUGUAUAUACCUCAUCACUGCAUCUCAGUUUGGUACUCCUAAACUGGAGUGAGCAACGAACUGAGAGAUAGAGAGAAAGAGAGUGUAAGAGAGAGGCUAUAGAGAGUGAGAGAGAGCACGAUAGAGCAAGAGAAAGUGCGAGAGAAUGAGAGAGAGAAAGAAAAGAGAGAUAAAUAUAUAUAUUUAAAGAGAGAGAGAGAAAGAGGAACAGGAGAGAUUGUGACUGUCUGAUAUAAUAAAUGUUCUUCCUGGAUGUGCUACCAACAGAAUUACCUGCAAAAUUUUAAAUGAUCAUGGUGCUAUCCACUGGUGCUAUUGACUGAUAGUUUUAUAUAUGCCUUACAUUGGACUGCCUAAAGAAAUAACUAUGAGUACACCAAAAGUCAUUGUGUUACCAGGCUACAUGGCUAGCUAGGUUAGAAUUUUAAUGCUUGUCAAUAUCAUGUGAUUACAUACCAUUUUUUCUGUAAUUCAUGGAAAGUCAGUUGUUCAAAUGUGAUAAAAUCUUGUUGACAACCAUAAACAAUCACAGAUUAAUAAAUGAGAUGGAUUGCAAUGUUUGUUAUUUAUUUGACUUGAAGAUAAUGUAUGUCAAAAAGUUUAAGGUUGACACAACUUUUUAAAAUAGUGAUGCAAGUAAUUUAAGAUUUAAAAUAAGUUUAUCAAAUCUUUUUUAAAUAAUUGGCAUGAUUUAAAUAAAAUCUCAUUUGACAAUCCUAAUGAAUUAAAAGUGCAUGCUUUCUGUUUCUUUCUCUAUAUUUUAAAAUAUUAUGUGCAUGAGUUCAAGUUAAUGAAAGUUUAUGUUUGGUGCUACUAAAAAAAAUUGAGAUGCAUUAGAGAGCUUAAAGUGAGGGGAUUCUCCUUAUCUGAAAAAGGAACACCCUCCUGCUACCAGGUAUUGUUUAAUUGUAUACAUAGCCAGAAUUUUUAACUUGUGUACAUAUUUAUGUAGUAUUAAACAAGUGUAAUUUAGUAACACACAUUAGUAUUCAGACUAGUAAUACCUGUCAUGCCAUUAUGGUUGUAUAGUAUGUCUAUGUAUAUAUGUACAAUAUUCUUGACAAGAUGAAGUUUGUGGUGAAGUGUUCUUGCCAUGUCUAAGUUUAUUUGAUGUAUAUAAAAACUUAUAUGUGUCAGUUGUGAAGAAGAAAACCUGAUUGACAGUAAUAAUGACAAAAAUAAAGAUCAGCAUUUUCUCCUACAAUGUAUUGUUAAAAAAUGUCCUUUCCUUUUCUUUUAUAUUCAACAUUUGUAUGGGAGAGCGUCAAUUAAAAUGGCAGAAAACACACUUAUAGUGAAAUACAGUAUUUUGAAUUCUAUGUGAUAAUGUAUUGUCAAUUUGAGGAUGAGACUGAAGCACAACGAUGUAUUCAUACCAUACAGACAUGGGAGUGUUUCAUGAAAUGAAUGUUAAAUCUGACUUAGUCUGCAUUAUCCCAGUUACCAUAGUUACACACAAAUGCUUCUUAGUCAAUCCAAAUCAAGAAAAAGUUGUCAGAUUUAACAAUUGACGACAAAAUUAUAUUGCUUUGGCCUCUUGGAUGUUGCUUCCUUCCUAAUGCUGUCUUGCCUAUUUUAAUGAAUCCAAAUUUGAUUUUAUAAAAUACAUGCUGAUGUUUGCACAUCUGAUUUUUAACAGGCUGAAAGAUCAAUUUUAUUAAGAUAAUUCCUGGUUUUGGCCAAAUUAACUAUCAAAGGCAGUUUAGAUUAUUUGAAAGUGUAAUUUCUCACUUGAUUCCAAGUGCUGUUCACACAUCUCAUUUUUUAUGUUCCAUGUUAUUUGUGUAUUUGUGCUGCAUUUCACAUUUGCAUCAGACACUAUUAGGGAUCAACCCUUAAUUAGAUGUCUUGUCUUUAAAUAAAAUAACUUGGGGUAUAAAUUCUUUGACUUUCAGAGAACAUUCAAUGAAGAAAAAAAUUAUACACAUAUAUUAAAAUUACACUCCCAAUAUUCAUGUGCCAAAAUGUUUUUUGUGGAAAUUGGUGCUAUUAAUUGAAUUCCCAUUUCAUGUUCUGAAAGGGUUGUAUACCAAUUCCAAUUCCUGCAAUAUCAGCUUUUUUUUCUCCUUUCAUUGUCAAUACUUCCAUUUAAUAGUUGUAAUUUCUGAGAACAGUAAUCACAACCAUUAUAAAAUAUUUUUGUGUUGUUUUUGGUAGAUGAAUAUUAAAAAUGAAUUUUAUUGUGAUGAAAACUAUUCCUAUCUGCAUUUUAUCUAUGCUCUUUGACCUUUGACCUCAAUAUAUCUCUUUAACAGAAUUAAUAGACACUGUUCAUAUUGAAUAAAAAUGAUUAUACAAAUACAAUUGUAUGUUUGAAAGGAAAAUAAACACAUAUUUUGUUCUCUUAACUAUAAAACGUUUCCUCCAGCUUUUGUAUAUGAUGUUAAUAGAUGACAUUUCAAUAUUAUAAAUUGUAUAUAGAUGAAUAUUAUUCCAUUGUUUCCAGUAAUUUGACAAUCAUUUAACAUUUAUAUGCCAUAAUGUUGACCUCAAGAUCUUGACCAUAAAUUUAUGAUUGAAUCGCAUGUAUUUGACAAAAUAAUGCUUUUAUGUUUAGAUUCAUCCUAUGCUGCUAUGAUAUGUAACUUUGAUACCUGAAGCUGAUUUCCAAUCUAUAUGUGAUUCAGCGCUAUGACUGCCGGGAAAGUUGGAACAAAAUGAAAUAUCAAGUCAUCAUUACUUUAAAUCUGAGUGAAAUAUAAUAUCCAUUUAGAUUAUCUCACAGCUGGUUCAAGAAAAGUAAAAGAAAGGGAUUGAUCUCUCCAAGGUAUUUUGUUUGUUUUGUUUUGUGAUAAUAAUGUAUGUCACUGAUUACAAUUCCGGAUUAUGUUUUAAGAUGUUUGUCCAUUGAGAUAUGGCCAUUAUCAAUAAAAGAAUUUUAUUUUGAUACAUUA